GCCCGUUUAGCUUGAGUUGCUUCAGAUCCUGCAGCUACCGUAGUCGCUCUAUCUCCCCAUAACAGCAGUCAUGGCGACAGAGGUCCAACCGCUCACUCUGGAUCGAGAUGUAGCCAGGGCGAUUGAGCUGCUGGAGAAGCUACAGGAGUCCGGAGACAUCCCGGGUCACAAGCUGCAGUCCCUGAAGUUGGUGUUGCAGAGUGAGUUCUGCACAGCCAUUAGAGAGGUGUACCAGUACAUGCAUGAAACAAUCACAGUCAAUGGCUGUCCGGAGUACCAGGCACGGGCUACAGCGAAGGCCACAGUUGCAGCCUUUGCGGCCAGCGAGGGUCACUCUCACCCCCGAGUGGUGGAGCUGCCCAAGACGGAGGAGGGGCUGGGCUUCAAUGUGAUGGGUGGCAAGGAGCAGAACUCUCCCAUCUAUAUCUCCCGCAUCAUCCCAGGGGGAUUGGCUGAGAGGCAUGGGGGACUGAAGCGAGGGGACCAGCUCCUGUCUGUCAAUGGUGUGAGUGUGGAGGGGGAGCACCACGAGAAGGCGGUGGAGCUUCUGAAGGCUGCCAAGGACAGUGUGAAGCUGGUGGUACGCUACACGCCCAAGGUCCUGGAGGAGAUGGAGGCGCGCUUCGAGAAGCUCCGCACGGCCCGCCGCCGCCAGCAGCAGCAGCUCCUCAUGCAGGCUCAGCAGCAGCAGAACCUCACUACCCAGCAGAACCAUAUGUCGUAGGACUGUAGGUGUUGGAAAGACAGCACGAACCAGAUCUGGGACCACCAAGGAGAAGGAGUUGAACCACACGGAUGAAGAAAACAGCUGGUACAGUAAGAAGACCAGUCCUCUAAACCUGCCAUAUAUUUACCCUACUAUGAUUUAAUUUAGAUUGAAACUGUUUUAAGGAUCUGACAGGGAUUUUACAUUUCAGUCAUUUAGCAGACACACUUAUCCAGAGCAACUUGAGUACAUACAUUUUCACACUUGUCCCCCGUGAGAAUCAAACCCACAACCAUGGCGUUGCAAGCGCCAUGUUCUACCAACUGAGCCACACGGGACUAUUUAGCACCUCAAAGGUUUUUGGGGAAUAGGGUGAACUGAUGGAGGCUGGCAUUGUCUGGAGAUACACAUUGCACCAUUGAAAGAGCAACAGCAUUUAAAACGCAACAAAUGCCUUUGAAAACUGUCUAUGUGGCAUCGAUAUGAGUCAGAAACAGUUAUUCUAGUGUCCAAAUUGACUACAAAGUGUUUGGAACAAUUGUGUGUCACAACAGGUAAAUGAAGGAUAAGACAUUUGCCUAUUAACAUGGGGUGAACAGCUGCAGUGGUUGCUCUCUAUUCAAUAGCAUACAGUGAGACAGACCUGCCCAGCAGCCUGGCUUUGUUUACAUAAGACAACAUGUUGUGCAUUUUUUUACUUGAGAAAUACUGCAACAAACACCUUAGUGAAAUGUAAAAUUGCACAACUUAAACAUCCUUGGCAAAACCGUCCAAAUUUAAUUACAGAUUUCUUGAGUUAUCUUCGAUUCAUUCUUGGGAUUUUGAGGAAGUGAAAUAGGCUUCUGCGUCUACAGUGUCUCAUGGGGGACAAACAUCAUUAACCAAGCAUGGAAUCGGUCUGGAAACAAACCUCUAAGACUAAAAUCUUGUUUUUCUAAUGAGCAACAGAAAAACAGAAGUGCCAAUCGGCAUGUUCAGUGGUUCUUUAAAACCCAUUGGGCUCUUUAUACCCAGAGAGAGUACCAGAGAGGCUCCUGUCAGAGAGGCUCCUACUGCACAAUGAUACCAGGCCUUGUCCUUUGGGUAAGAGUUACAGAGGAUUACAUCAAACGUUUCAAUUUUUCAUUAAACAUUUCCUUGCAGCACACAUUAAGGUCCUGGAAUGAGCGCUUAAUCUAUUUCAGGGUGUUUGUUAACUUAGCAGUUGCAAUCCCCUGUACAGUCAUAACCGUUAUGUCAGUAAUUCAGCCGUGUGGCUUGUGAACUAUUUUAGAUAUGGCUGAGCAAAUAAGAGCUCACGCUCAUGGGAUGCUACAUGUUUUAUAAAACAUACCACAGAACAGACUUGACUGCAUCAGUGCAAAGUUGAGGCAGACUUGUGGUAUACAAAUAUACCCCGUCAUUGCUUGGAUUGCUGGAGGUGAUAAAGCUAAAAUGAGGACAACUCUGAAAAUAGGCAGUAGUAAUACUAAGCCUGUCUGGGCCACAUCACAAAAGACUUAACACCACCCGCAGUCUAAGGGAUCCUCAGUGGCACUGAUCGUUUGAUAGUAACCCUCCUCGUGUAGCCCUCGUUUAGCUCGGGGAGGUAUGUGUGAGCUUGGAGACCUGUGCAGUAGAUGCAUGGAGUGGGGACUGAGCAGGGAUCAUGUUGUAUCAGCGACACGCGCGGCGGACAGGCUGCUAGGUGGCAAGCCCCAUGGGAUUGCAUGAAAUCUGUUCGUCAUGUAGCCUUCCUCUCUGAUUCGCUGCCCGGCCAUUCUGUCUCUCUCUCGCAUACCUGGCCAGGCUGACCAAGGCCCGAGGACACGAUAGGCUCUGCUAUAUCUCUGUUCUCAGUAGUAGUGGGAAUUCCACAGACAUGUAGCCAUUUCCUGCUGUCAAAUGACCUAGUGGCCUCAUUGUUGGAAUGUUAUUCAUAUUUUUCAUAAUUAAUAAACAUUCUAGAACCUGACUGAAAAUCCGGUGUUUUUAUGUCAAAUGGUUUUGUUAUAUUUCAGUCUUCUGUGAUGUAUCUAAAGUGUAAUAUUGGGAUGCAAACUCAACAUGUAAUACAUUUAAACUCUUUAUCUGACAUGCUACAGGUGUCUUCUUUUUUUAAAGUCCAUAACCAUGUGUGAGAAGUGUAUGCUUUUGUUUCAAAGUAGAUUUGUUUAAGACUACCAAGAAACACUCUGUGUGACCCCGAUUUAGCCCACUGCAGUAAAAGGUUCAUUCACAAUCAUUUUUAAUUGUCUUUUCACAGUUCAAUGGGCUUUUCACAAUUCACAGCAGAGUACACUGCACUUUUUGUAACUUAUUGGACCAGAAUAUGACAUUAGCAUCCCACUUUACCGACCUGUCAGAGUACUGACUUGUCAAAUAGUUUCAAACAUUGCUCUCAGCUUUUCUUACACCUGUCCCUCACAGGCUGUUCCAAAAGAAGAAGUAGUGAAGGACACUGAAAGGAAGGUUCUGAGUCCAUCUCUAUGUGCUGAGGAUCCCAAAGGAACCACCUGGUAGAGGAGAAUAUGAUACUGUUAAGCAGUGAAGACUCUCUCUCCCCCUUCAAUGUACUACCAACAGAAUGAAGCAAAACUGAAUGAUAUGUUUUCUGAAAUGGUAACAGCGGUGCUUGUGACAUGAGAGAUUGGAGGCUAGCACUGAAACCCAUCCCUUUGACUUUUAUUUUGUUUGUGUUCAUUUUAAGUUGUCCUCUAACAGUUGAAAGUUGUAACCCUCCACAAUGCUCCUUGUCAUUUGUGAUAGUUCACUUCUUUUUGUUGUAUGUUUGAAUUCAUUUCACUUGUUUCCUGACUUUGGUUUUGCUAUAGCUUUGAACAAUGAUAUUUCUAUUGUUUCUUCUAUGGGAGCUUGUCCGUGUGUGUAUGAACAUUGCUUUUUUCGUGUCAAACUUUGUCCUGCUUUGGAUAAAUGUGAACUUUUUUUUAACCUUAUAUAUUUGCAGCGAGAAAAUAUUUUGUAUGGAAACUUGUAGAUUUAGCAAUAACAGACUGUCGUUGGUUUUACAUUUCACAUAAAAUUAACGAUUAGAGAUAUACAGUAUGUGAGUAAGAUACAAAAGGUAACAAUGUAAUACUAGGUCAACUGUAUCUUAUGCACUGUGUGUCAUAAGGCAGCUUCCACCAUUAAAAUCAAACGGCUGUUAAAAGAGAGGUAUGUAAAGUGGAUGAAUACACAGAGAUAAUUGUAUUCAUACAAUUGAAUACAAGUACAAUUAUCCUGAAAUGUCCUAUCUUGACUUUCCGCUCUCACGUCAUCCAUUUAAUGAUGGUUAGUCAUCUACUCCCAUCAAAUGAAUAUAUACAGAGAGUAUAUAGAGUAAUCUACUAAAAUCAAAUCUACAUAUAUCAAUAUCAUUUGAACAUUUGAAUCAUUUAUAUGAGGAAUGUCAAACACAUUUAUAUAUAUAGUAAUGACCUGGUGGGUUAAUCAAAUGGUACAAUUGUCUUUAUUUUUUGAAUCAAUCUAUUUUAUUGUUUACAAUCUGAGUUUUGCAUAAAGUCAUUUCAUUAAGGUAUGUGUGUGUGUUUGUUAACAUGCAGAUGAUUAUUUAAAAUAUUGAAUUGUACAAAACCUAUAGCCCAGUGUAUAAUUCGUACCAGAAUAGUAUGGUUAAUGGACUCAUUCUCCUGGAUCUGCGUCGUCACCUUUACAUUUUGACAAUCAUUGUGAGUAAGAGACUGUGGAAUGUUCUAGUCGUCUUAUCAAUAAGGGACCUCUGUUUUAAACUCUCUCCUUCAACCCUCUACCUAUUGUCUGACGUAGUAUUCUCAUGGCAAGUAACCAUAUUUAAGUAUAACAAGUUGCACUGUGGAUUCAUUGAAAGCUAUUAGAAAACCAGUCGAUGAUCAACACUGAUCAAAAGUGGUCUUGUAUCUGUAGUACUGUCAGACAAACAAUAUAUUGGAUGGUUUUCCUAGUAGCAAACUCUAGUAUGUAUGUUGUAUAUAGGCCUAGUUCCUUUGUGGGUGGGUAUUGAAGUAGUGCAAGAUCAUUUAACAUCCAUACUGUGUACAAUGUGCCAUCCUGAUAGUCCAACCAGAUUGGGCUGUGAACAUGUUUUGUCCCUCAACUUUUGAGCAGUUCAUCUUGCCUCUGACAAAUCCCUUUUGUACAUUUACUUAUUCACUUUCUUAUUGCCGACUUGCAUUUUUUAGGCUGGACGUACUGUACUUCCUGACUGGACGUACUGUACUUCCUGAUUCAACGUACUGUACUUCCUGAUUCAACGUACUGUACUUCCUGAUUCAACGUAUUGUACUUCCUGACUGGACGUACUGUACUUCCUGAUUGUACAGAAAAAAAGACAACACCAGGUGAUAUGCAAUUGUUAUACAUAUUAUAUUUGUUUAAAUAAAUAUAUGUGCGUGUGUACAUUGAUGACUU